AUGGCGGGCGAAAACGAAGACAACAAUUUGCAAUCCUUUUCACCUAAAAAUGAAAGUAGUACAGCCUCUUCAUCUGUAAAUCUUGAUACUCUUAGAAAAAAAGUUCGGAAAUACAUUGAUAUGCACCUUCAUAAAGCUGCUAUAUUUUGGGCUGAUAAAGUAGCAUCAUUGUCAAAUGAAGAUGCAUAUGACAUAUAUUGGUUAGCACAAAGUCUGUAUUGUAGUGGCCAAUAUCAUAGAGCUGCUAUAACGAUAAAAUCAAGAAAUCUACACAAGACAGAUCUAGAAUGUCGUUAUUUAGCAGCUAAAUGUCAUUUUGCUGGUAAAGAAUACAAAGAAGCACUAGAUGUUCUUAGUAUUUCUGAAAUAAGUGCUUUAUCUCCAUUGAAUUGGUCAAGUCAGAAUGUAAAUUCAGAAACAGAUGAUCAAAAUAUUGUUAGUGCAAUUCUAUUGUUAAAAGGUCAAAUAUAUGAAGCAAUGGAUAAUAGAGGGCUAGCUGCAGAAUGUUUUCAAGAUGCUUUACAACAUGACGUUUAUUGUUAUGAUGCUUUUGAUUCACUUGUUCAGCAUCAAAUGCUAAACAAAGAAGAAGAAUUAAAUUUAAUGAAAUCAUUGCCAUUCGAAACUCAGUGUCCUGAAGAUGAACCUAAUAUUGUGAAAUUUUUAUAUGAAACACAGUUAAAAAAAUAUGACAAGCCUGGGGACUUAGUAAUUCCUCCAGAAAUAGCAUCUUUAUCUGGAAACCUUGAUGUUGGCAAUGCACUAGCUGAAAGGUGUUUUUAUAACUGUGAUUAUGAACAAUGUUUCAAGAUUACGUCAUCCAUUCUCAACAAAGAUCCUUUUCAUCUCAAUUGUCUACCUAUUCAUAUAUCAUGUCUAAUGCAGCUGGAUAAAUCAAAUGCUCUUUUCUACUUAGCGCAUAAACUUGUGGACUUAUAUCCUGAAAGUGCUAUUGCUUGGUAUGCUGUUGGCUGCUAUUAUUUGCUAAUAACUAAAACGGAUGCUGCAAGAAGAUAUUUAAGCAAAGCUACUGCAUUGGACAGAAUUUUUGGUCCGGCUUGGAUAAUGUAUGGUCAUUCAUUUGCAGUAGAAAAUGAGCAUGAUCAAGCUAUGGCUGCUUAUUGCAGAGCAUCUCAACUUAUGAAAGGGUGUCAUUUACCCUUGCUGUACAUUGGUUUAGAAUAUGGGCUGUCAAAUAAUAACAAACUAGCAGAAAGAUUUUUUGCACAAGCUCAAACAAUUGCUCCUGAAGAUCCUUUUGUCCUUCAUGAAUUAGGGGUUGUAGCUUAUCAAAAUCAAGAUUAUGAUACUGCUUUAAGUUACUUCAAUGAUUCACUAAGGAAAAUUAAUUGUGCAGAGCAAACUGUGAUGCCAGAAAAAUGGGAAAGAUUAUUGAAUAACCUUGGACAUGUGUGCCGAAAAUUAAAAAAAUUUGAUGAAGCUUUGGAAUAUCAUGAGCGGGCAUUAAUUCUCAAACCUCAGAAUCCUUCUACAUUUGCUGCAAUAGGUUUCAUCCAUAGUUUGACUGGAAAAUGGGCUGAAGCUGUUGAAUACUUUCAUAAAGCUUUGGGACUCCAGAGGGAUGAUGUGUUUUCAAAUACUAUGCUUACAUCUGUGAUAGAGCAACUAGUCAAAGAAUCUUCUCCUUGUGUGGAAACCCCAGAAGAACUUCCUGAUUAUCCAUUUCCAACCGAAGUGCCAUCAAACACAUGCAAUCGCAGUGACGAAACAAGUGACAUAAUGACUGAAAUUAUAACAGAUGAUAUACAAUCUCUAAAUGAUCACACUCAAAACACGAACAGUUCAAUGGAUAUUGAAAUGGAAACUAUAGAAUAAUCUGAGCACUGUGCCAUAGAUCAAUUUAAUUUAAUUAACAAAAUAAAAUUUUUAUCAUGUUCUUUUAAAAAAAAUUUUAAAUCUUGAUUUGAAAAGGUUUCAAAUGUGUUCAUCAUAAAAAUGCUGUGCUAAGAACUAACAAGGUACUACAGUUGACAUUCCUUCUAAUGAUCCCUGUCAUCCAAACAAAAUCAGUGGCAGUGAUGGAAAUGGACAUUGCACGUUUUUUUACUCAUAAUUUAAAGAUACUAGAAUAAAUUUUACUAGUCAUGUUUCACUUUAACACACUAUUGACUGGUCAGGCCUAAAUAAUCUUCACUGGAUUAUUCAAACCCCCUGUAAAAAGCUGUUCUCGGACAUUUCAACCAGGAUCCUUUGUAAAAUACAAGAGAUUAUGUGAAAGUUACUAAUGUACAAUAUCUGGUAAUUCUUGUAACACUGGUAGCUCUCGACCAGUCAGGGCCGUGCUUAAGGAGUGGCAAACUGUGCGGCCCGCACAGGGAUGCUAAAAUAUUACAAGAGAAUAAAAUACUUCUGUGUGAAAAAAUAUCUUCUUUCUAAUGGUACCAACGAGGCCAAAUGGCUUAACAUUGCAACUCAUUACAACAAACAGAAUUUCAAAGGCAUUUUUCUCUCUAUAUUCAAAAGAACACCAUCGAAGAAAAAGGUUAUUUUGAAAGGAAAAACUCUGUUUGUUCUAAUGGGAUUAACGAAAAGAAGACGCGAAGUGACAAACUUGAGCUACAGCACUUUGAAGAAAAGCUAUUUUUCACUUGCACGGUUUUGACAGCCACUUUGGAUGCCAAUAUCUUUUAGAAAAUCAAUGUUUAUGCUCUGUAACCAUAACCCAUUAAAAGCAUGUAUAUUGACAAUAGAGUUACAGAGUACAAGCUUUUGAAUCAUUUUUGUUCAGAAUUUAUGACAUUUUAAAACCCAGGAAAAAGUUUCUCCACUACGUUUUUCUUGUUACUCUGCAUCCAUGCUACACAGAAGUUAAUGAACUCAAAAUUAAUAAAAAUAGUAGAACUUAUGGACAACCAAAAGUACUUUGAGCUCUUAAAAUUUCAAGCUUCCAGUGUGAUAAAAUUCCCCGUUAUCUGAGCUUAAACAUGGCAAUUCGUUCUGACAAACAGAAUUUCAAACUCAUUUUUCUCUCCAUAUUCGAGAAAACACCAUCGAAGAAAAACCUUUUUUGGAAAGGAAAAAAUCUGUUUGUUCUCAUGGUAUUAACAAAAAGAAGAUGCGAGGUGACAAACUUCAGCCACAGAGCUUUGAAAAUAAGCUAUUUUUCUCUUGAACGGUUUUGAUAGCCAUUUUGGAUGACAAUAUCUUUUAGAAAAUAGAUAUUGAAGCUCUGAAAUUGUAACCCAUUAAAACAAAUAUUUUUACAAUGUAAUCAUGAAGUACGAGCCUUUGAAUAUUUUUGCUCAGAUUUUAUGACACCCUAAAAUCUAGGAAAAAAUAUCCCCGCCGCACAUUUUCACCAGUUUACACGCAUGCUAUAAAAAGACUAAUCAGCUCAAAUUUCCAUAAAUACUUAAACAUAUUAAUAGCCAACUGUACUUCAAGUGCCUAAAAUUUCAGGCUUCCAGUGUGAUAAAAUUUUCUGCAAACUUAGUCUAAACUUGGCAAUUUGGCACAAAAAGCUGAUUUGCCAUUCUGGAUCAUUUUUCGGAGAUCCUAGAUCCUCAGGAUUUGGAUCUAGGAAGCUAAAAAUUUGCAUAGGUUAGUUUCAAAGGAACAUCUCAUGAAUGACAGAAUAAAUGUAAUAUAAAAUUUUUUAGCAAAAUUUCAUGUUUUUUAUACAUUUAUUAUGAGUAUUUUUAUGCAAGUAGCCCAUAUAUGGACCACCUGUUGGAAUAAUCAUGUUUUUAACAUUUUUUGCGAUCAUGUAGGUUUAGACUACAAAAACU